CAGAUGGUUAAGUGUGACCCCAGACAUGGAAAGUAUAUGGCGGUGUGUCUACUAUACCGGGGCGAUGUGGUGCCCAAGGAUGUCAACGCAGCCAUUGCCGCCAUUAAGACCAAAAGGAGUAUACAGUUCGUCGACUGGUGUCCCACGGGUUUUAAAGUAGGCAUCAACUACCAGCCCCCUACUGUGGUACCAGGCGGUGAUUUGGCAAAAGUACAGCGAGCGGUGUGUAUGCUGUCCAACACGACGGCCAUAGCCGAGGCCUGGGCCCGACUCGACCACAAGUUCGACCUCAUGUACGCCAAGCGUGCUUUCGUGCACUGGUAUGUUGGGGAGGGUAUGGAAGAGGGAGAGUUCUCGGAGGCCAGGGAGGACUUGGCAGCCCUCGAGAAGGACUACGAGGAGGUGGGCAUCGACUCUGCCGAUGGGGAACAGGACGCCGGCGACGAGUAUUAAUGAGUUUGCGUUUAGAUAUGAUAUAACUUUACAUAUGGAGUGACACUGUUGUGACAAAUUGUAAUCAACUCACAUCCCUAUCCCCUC